AUGAUUCCCUGGAUCGGUCAAUGUCUGGCCCUUGUGCUCGUCGUCCUGUGCAUAUAUCCCCAACAUAUAUCCUCGCGGAGCUAUAGCAACGGCCUGAUCUUCUACGAACUGAAGACCCACCGACCCUACCUGCCGCCCACGGUCAGUGUGUCCAGGGGUCGAAACCUGGCCAGCGUGAAGUACUCGGAGAAGGGCUCCAUCUGGUCCACCUUCGGACAGCCCUGCGAGUGCAGCGGACCCACCUGCGGAUGCUGUGCGGGUCUCAAGGUCGAUCAGUACCGAUUCGAUCAGAAAGUGUGUGCCAACGUGAGCUUUGUGCCGCAGCUGGAGGAGGCCCAACUGGAGGUCUUCCUGAACGGCAGGCCCUCCUCCAAGUACGGGAUCUCGGUGCGGGAUCCGGCGCCCUUCUGCAUUCCCGUCAUGAUGGGCGUCCCCAUGGCCAUGUGCGUCCAAAUGACCGAGGUCACCAUGGUGGGCAACAACCUGAACAUGUGCAUGGACUUCGUGGUGCGGCUGGCCACCACAGAUCUCUUCGAGAUGCACUUCCAGUGCAUGCGGAUGGGCCUGGACGGGCUGCAGUAUGUGGACAAGAACGGGAAGCCCGUGCUGCCAGCCGGAGUCGGCCAGAGCGACGAUCCGGAGGAGUACGAGUACGCGGAGCUGGAGGAUCAGCCGGAGGAGUAUCCCUCGCAGGAGGAAGUCAAGGGCGAGCCAGAGAAGAUUCAGCCCCAGAAGAAUCCUGAGCACCUGGAAGAGGACCAAGAGGAACACGAGCCAUUGGGCUAUCCACCACUGAUAAACCACCAAGCGCAGAAAACUCAGUCUCAGGAGAAUCAGCCACUGAUCGAUCAGCAAAAGGAGGAUCAAAUCAUGGAAGAACAACCUCAGAAGAAUCAAACACUGCCCCAUCCGCUUAAAAUCGAUCAGCUCGAAAAGGAUGAGGAUCUACCAAGUGAAAAUAUCGGUUAUCAGCCACUGGGUCAAAUCGAUCAUCUGAAUGAAGAUGAUCAUAAUGAAGAACAACCAAUGGAUUAUCAACCUUUGGAAAAUCAACCUCAGGAGAAUAUACACAACGACGAUCCUUUGGAAGAAGAUCAACCCAUGGGUUAUCAGCCCCUGAUUGCUAUGGACUCACACAAAAAUCAACCAGAACAGCAUCUUUCAGAGGAUCAACAAGAAAAUGAAAAAGAGGACAAUAAAGAGAGUGAAGAUCAUCAGGAGAUCGAAGAAUUCGAUGAGGUGGAGCCUUUGCCAAUCGAAAGUGAAAUGCUAAUGGCCAGCGAUCAAGCAGAAGAAUCACCUCUCGAAGAAGACGAAGAAGAAGAAACGACAGCUGAAGACGCGAUAGAGACGGAAACCGAGGCGGAGAAAGAGGAAAAAGACACGGGGGCAGACUCUGAGCAAGAGACACCUGACAAUGACAAUGGUUAUGGCGAGAGUGGCCCGAGGCCAAGUCAGGUAAUUGAAACAAUUACCAAUUCAAUAAAAGCCACUGAGGCGCCCGCAGCAACAACAACAUCGACAACAACGAAAAUACCGACAACAACUAAAAUACCGACGAAAAUACCAACAACAGCUACGACAUUUAACAAGCCAGACAAUGUUGUUAUUGAUGACACGAACAAUGCGGAGAAGACAGCAGCAGAAGACGAGGGUGAGAAGACAGUAGACGAUUCGAAGAAAGACGGGGAGACAGCUGAAGAAGAGGGGACCGAAGAAGAGGAAGAAGAAGCCGAUGAAGAGGCGACAACACUGGCUGUUGAAAUGGAAAACGAUAGCGAUAAUGAGAUAAACGUUGACGAUGAUGAUGAUGAUGAUGAGGUAGAGAAAAAAAACCAGGUGAAGGAACCCCCCAGCCAGGUGGUAAAGGGGGAGAAGAAAAAGGAAGAGGGGGCGGAAGAAACGCCCGAAGAGGUGGCAAAGGAGGGGGAGAAAGAGCCGGAGAAAGAGGUGAAGACAGGUCAUGAAGAAAAGGUCAAGCCAGACGACACAGCUGCUGAAGAAGAAGAAACAGGGGAAGAAGGGGAGGAGGCAGCCGACGAUGAUAAUGAAGAAGGAGAGAAAAACGAAGAAGAAGACGACGAAGAGAAGGAGGAGGAGGAGGAGGAGGACGAUGCCGAGGAAGAAGAAGAGGCUGCAGAAGAAUCCACCGAAGCAGCAAAGCCCGAGGAAAGCGCUGUGAAAAUUGAGGAAAAUAGCUAUGGCUAUCAAAAUACAUAUGCAAAUGCAAAUGAAAAUGCGACGCCGGCAGCGAAGUCGUUGUCCCGACGUCGACGUCUGCGCAGCCGCCCCCCUUCCCACCGACUGCCACGCCCCCUGGGGAGACUCCAUUAA